AAUUCAAUUUAUUGGACUUUCUCCAUCUCCUCAUCACUGCAACCAUCCUGGCGCGGAGGAAAGCAGACUAAACAAGCAGAGUGCAUUGUAUUCUUGCCUCAAAACAACACCAUCUUAUUCAUUUAGUUCACUCUAAGAAGAGUACCAGAGAAUUGUAACAAUGAGCCUCCUGAGACAUGGGAUUGCUGCGCUGAAGAGACCUCUGGCAGCCAAUGGUUACAGCGGCAUUUUGAAAUUGCAUCAUCGCAGUAUUGCCUGUUCAUCUGCAGUUUUGCAAUCCACUGCAACUUCAACAAACCCAGGUAACCUUCGUGAUGCCUGGAAAAAGAGCAGUUUUGAUAAGGAAAAAAUGAUUGCCUUGCUUGAUCAUGAUAACCACGAAAUGAGGAAUCAAUUUCGCGAGUUUGUUAGUGACCCAGUCAUGGUGCCAAUUUACAACAUAGCUUUGGCAGACGAACGUGAUUUAGCAAUGCAGCGCCUGAAGAGAAUUUGUGAUGCAGGAUUUAUAUCAGUGCUCGAUUUCGUCAAUAAUCCUCUACGGAUAUUUGCCGCUCAUGAGCUGGCUGCGAUCAUCGAUCCUGCGAUGACAACUAAGAUGACAGUGCAGUUCAACCUUUUUGGCGGUACAAUCUUAAAACUUGGAACUGAGCGUCAUCAUAAACUUCUUCUCAAAGGAAUUGAUUCUCUUGACGAUGUUGGUUGUUUUGGCCUGACUGAACUUGGCUAUGGGAAUAAUGCGGUUGAAAUGGAGACCACUGCCAUAUAUGAUCCAGCUACGAAAGAGUUCAUCGUGAACACACCUACGACAGUUGCACAGAAGUACUGGAUCACAAACGGGGCUGUCCAUGCCAAAUGGGCCGUUGUCUUUUCUCAGCUUUACACUGAUGAUAAAUGUCAUGGUAUUCAUGGGGUCCUUGUCCGCAUAAGAGAUGAUAAUCUGAAGCCAAUGCCAGGUGUGCGAAUUGAGGACAUGGGUUACAAAAUGUCAGGCAAUGGUGUUGACAAUGCUAAGUUAUUCUUUGACAACGUUCGAGUGCCUCGUGAAAAUCUUCUUAAUCUGUACUCUGAUGUUUCUGAAGAUGGAAAAUUCACAAGCAAGAUAGAUGGGAACAGGAAGCGGUUUUUGACUGUUGCGGAUCAAUUACUUUCAGGGCGAAUUUGCAUUGCAAGUAUGUCUAUGGGAGCUAGUAAAGCUGCACUGACUAUUGCAUUAAGAUAUUCUGCCACAAGAUUAACUGUAGGACCCAAAGGGAAGUCGGAUACUCCCAUUUUAGCUUAUCAGCUUCAACAACGUGCCCUCAUGCCAUUACUGGCUAGAACAUAUGCAAUCAAUCUAGCUUUGGAUUACGUGAAGGACAGAUGGGCUUUUCAAAACAAGGAUGGCUCUGAGCACCCUGAAAUCGUCACAAUGUGCUGUGCAAUUAAGCCAAUGGCAUCUUGGCACUGUGAAGAAGUCGCAUCAACAACAAGAGAAAGAUGUGGUGGGCAGGGUUACCUAUCCUGCAAUAGAUUCGGUACUUUCAUAGGACUUGCACACGCAGCAAUGACAGCUGAAGGUGACAACUCUGUUCUCAUGCAAAAGGUAGCCAAAGAACGCCUUACUGCAUUCAGACCAAAAAGUCUAGAGUCUCCUACAGAGAAUAUUUCUGACCUGUCGUAUUUGCACUAUCUGUUGGAAAACAGAGAGCAACUGCUUUUUAUGACUCUAGGCGGAAAGAUGAUGGAGGCAGGCCCUAGUGGGCUGUACAAGUCAUGGAUGCUGGAAGAAAGUGAUCUUGUGCAGGCUUGUGCAAAAUCGUAUGUUGAGUGUCUUGUAAGCGAGAGAUUUGCGGAAACUCUCAAAACAGCCGACGAGUCUCUGAAGCCAAUACUAACAGAUCUCUAUCAUUUGUACUUGUUGAACAUUCUGGAAAGAGAUCUUGGUUGGUUCUUGCUUCAUGGUGGACUGUCAAAGAGAAGUGCAGGGGAAGUCAACGCUAAGUCGGCAGAACUUUGUCGCUCCAUUGCACCACAUGCGUUGGACUUGUGUGAUGCCUUUGCUAUCACAGAUACGAUGUUGUCAGCACCCAUCGCCCAUGAUUGGGUUGAAUAUAAUGUGGACGAUAAUCAAGGCGAAGUGUGAGCAUCAUAGUUGGACGUUGACAAAUAUCUGAAUUUUUAACAAGUUUGCUCGAAUGUAUUUCUGUAGGCUGUAUUCUUGUAGGUUGUAAUGCUGAGUUUAGAAAAAGUUUUAUUCCAGCCAUAAUAUUUUGUGUAUUUAGUUGCUGAUCAACAUUUAUUCCAGAAGGUA